UGGCCGCCCCCCCAUCCAUUUCCCACUGUGGACGUCCCUGACCACGCCCACUACACCAUCGGCUCCAUCAUCCUGGUCAUCGGCGUCACAGGUGUGGUCGGGAACUUCCUGGUGAUCUACGCCUUCAGCAGGAGCCGCAGCCUGCGGACGCCGGCCAACAUGUUCAUCAUCAACCUGGCCGUCACCGACCUGCUGAUGUGCAUCACCCAGUCGCCCGUCUUCUUCACCACCAGCAUGAAAAAGAGGUGGAUCUUUGGAGAGAAAGGCUGUGAGCUGUACGCCUUCUGCGGCGCCCUCUUUGGGAUCUGCUCCAUGAUCACGCUGAUGGUGAUCGCCAUCGACCGUUACUUCGUCAUCACACGCCCUCUGACCUCCAUCGGCGUGUUGUCACGGAAACGGGCGCUCCUCAUCCUGCUGGCAGUGUGGGCGUAUUCGCUGGGCUGGAGCCUUCCGCCUUUCUUCGGCUGGAGUGCCUACGUACCUGAAGGCCUCCUCACCUCCUGUACCUGGGACUACAUGACCUUUACCCCCUCGGUGCGGGCCUACACCAUGCUGCUCUUCAUCUUCAUCUUCUUCCUGCCACUCUUCAUCAUCAUCUACUGCUAUGUCUUCAUCUUCAGAGCCAUCCGCUCCACCAACCGGGCGGUGGGGAAGCUCAGCAGCUCUCGGGACGCAGUGAAGAGUUUCCACCGACUGCAGAAUGAAUGGAAGAUGGCGAAGAUCGCUCUGAUCGUCAUCCUGCUGUACGUCGUGUCCUGGUCGCCGUACUCCGCCGUCGCUCUCACCGCCUUCGCAGGGUACGCGGACAUGUUGACCCCCUACAUGAACUCCGUUCCCGCCGUCAUCGCCAAGGCCUCCGCCAUCCACAACCCCAUCAUCUACGCCAUCACUCACCCGAAGUACAGGCUGGCUCUGGCCAAGUACGUCCCGUGUCUGGGUGCGCUGUGUGUCCGUCUGCGUGACCUUCACUCCUCCAGCAGCAGCUUCCUGUCAACGCGCCGCUCCACCGUCACCAGCCAGAACUCCGACAUCAGCAGCCAAUACCGGCACAGCGCAGCCAAGUCCCGCCUCUCCUCCGGCUCCGACAGCGAAUCGGGUCUGACGGACACGGAGGCCGAUCUGUCCAGUCUGGGCUCGCGGCCGGCUAGUCGCCAGGUUUCCUGUGACAUCAGCAGAGACACCGCCGAGACGCCAGGCGGAAAACGGUCGACCAGCUUCAAGGCCAAGCUGAGGAACCAUGACUCAGGAAUCUUUGAAAAGGACCAGUCUGGAUCUCCUGGUUCUGGCUCUCUGGUCGAACAGGACCUGUUCCAAUUCGUCCUUGUGGACUUCAGAGACCACGUCGUUGACACCAUGUCCAUGGGAGGAGUCAGCGAACGCAGCAGUGUCCCAAAUGUGAGUGGAGACGACCGUCCAUUACCUCCAGUGCCCUUCAUGUUGUCCCUGCUGACCUCUGACCUCUAUGUCCCUGCCUCCCUGGACAGAGCGGGGACGCCUCAGAGGGACACCUGA